AUGGACAACUGGUGUGGUGGUGACGCAAAGUCCUGUGGAACAGGCUGCCAGCAAGACAACGGCUCUUGCAAUGGCGGAUGGCCUUGGAGCAACCUGGUCUCCAGAGCUGACCCCAACCCGACCUGCCCCAAGUCCAACGACACUAUCUACACAACAGAGAGCGGAGACCAGUACAAGAUCACUUGCAGUCUCGACCAUGCCGGUGGUGACCUGAAAAUGGUCUGGAUCAGCUCGAACAAGAUUGCAGACUGCCUUGCCGAGUGUUCUACAACUGAAGGAUGCAAAGCCAUUGCAAUGUCUGGUACUGCUUGUUACAUGAAGAGCAAGAUUGGAAACCCAGUCAAGAGCUCUAACGUCAGAGGUGCCAUCUGGAUCGGCAAGGCUGAGAGCUCUUCUUCCAGCAUCUCAUCCACCGCAUCUGCCACAUCGGGAUCAUCCUCCUCAUCAUCAUCAAUCUCAGCAUCCAUCUCACUCUCAUCUUCUGCAUCUUUGAGCAGCACUUCGACUGUCUCGUACUCGAACUCGUCUUCAACAAGCUCCUCAUCGUCUGCCCUUCCUACCUCGACUAGCCCUACCUGCCCCGCCGCAAACAACACUGUCUUCAUCGCUGACAGUGGCGCUACUUUCCUCAUCGAGUGUUUCGUCGACUACGCUGGUGGCGACUUGAAGGCGGUCAACAUUGGAAGCAACAGAAUCGCCGACUGUGUCAAUGCUUGUGACGCCACCGAGGGAUGUAUCGACAUUAGCAUGUCUGGUACUGCCUGUUACAUGAAGCAAAGGCUGGGCAAGCCUUCCGUUAACAAGGGUGUUAGAGGUGCACGCAAGAUCAAGGAUGCACCUAAGAGCUCGAGCAGCAGCAGUGUUGCUCCUUCGACCAUUUCCAGUGAUGUCUCGAGCACUUCGAGCGGUGGAGUUUCGACCACUUCAAGCACUUCAAGCAGUUCGAGCACUCUGUCCUCAACUGCCUCGACAGUAUAUUCCGCAUCUUCUGCAGGCGCAGAGGUGGUCACCACAAACAGCACCGCCUCAUCGUCCACAGUUUCGUCAUCUGUGAUCUUGACUACCGGAGUCUCGACUCUGAACAGCACUGCUGGACCCUCGAGCGGUCUGUCAUCGAGCGCUACAAGUGGAGCACCUUAUGGCAACGGAACAAGCAGCACUGCUCCCGCCGGCCCUACUGUUCCUCUCACCACUUCCAGCUCGACUUCCAGCUCGGUUGUAUCUUUAAACAGCACAAUCUCGUCUACUUCGACUGUCUUUGUCAACACCACCAGCACGAUCGGAUCCGGCAGCACAUUGACGGUCGGACCCACUGCCCCUAUCAACGUCGGGUCCUCGAGUAUUGUUUCCUUCAGCACUGCCAGCGGAGCUCCGUAUGGCAACUCAACUAGCAACACUUUAUCCGUCGGACCUACUGCUCCUAUCGGCACGGGCAUCACAUCUGGCUCAGUCGUUUCGGUGAACAGCACUAGCAGCGAUGUCUCGUCCUCGUCUGUCAUUGUUGGCACUGGCGCCUCGAGCGGCAUCUCUUCGUCUACUACCAGUGGUGCCCCCUACGGCAAUGGAACAACCAGCAGACUGCCUGUAGGACCUACUGGCAGCGGUGUCUCGACCUCAACCAUCACUAGCGAAACCGUCGUUGUCAGCCCCAUCGGCACUGGCGCUUCAAGCGGUGUGUCUAGCUCGGUCAUCACUAGCUCUGCCGUGAACGUGACAGUGUCCCUUACCACCAGCUACAACCUCACCUCAAGCAUUGCCUCGACAGUCAUCACCCUUUCGUCCAACUCCACUGUCAGCGCACCUUUGACAACUGCCCCUAUCGUUACCGGCCCCUCAACUAGUAUCUCCACCUCGUCUGGACGAUACACGAACACCACGAGUUCAGCCUUGACCACAAGCUCUGCUGCACCCACCUGGGCUUUCAACAACUGGGGAGGUAUCACAUCUGGACAUCCUGUUGCCACUAACACCACCGCCUGCUCGGUGAAGCCUACUUCCACUGCUACAUGUGUUCGUUGUGAGGGUCAGCCUGGAACUGACCAGUACUGCGGUCUUACAAUCAACGAUGACUCUUACAAGGUUGUUCCCAAGACUUGCAACACAGUCACAUUCAGUCUCGACUUGACGGAGUGUGAGGUCAGCCCCGAUGGUAUCUCGCGCAAGGCUCUUUGUGUCAACGGCCAAGCUCCUGGACAAGCCCCACUUUUAGAGGCUUCUUGGGGCGAUGAGGUUGUCAUCCACGUCACCAACUCCAUGACUCGCAACGGAACUUCCAUCCAUUGGCACGGUAUCAGACAGAACCACACAAACGAGAUGGAUGGUGUCGUUGGCUUGACCCAGUGCGCCCUUCGUCCUGGUCAGAGUAUGACUUACAGAUGGACAGCAGAGAGUUACGGUUUCUCAUGGUACCACAGUCAUUUGACUCUUCAAGCAUACGAGGGUCUUUUCGGUCCCAUGUAUAUUCACGGUCCCAAGUCCGCUGACUACGAUGUGGAUGCUGGUCACCUCAUCAUAAACGAUUGGUCCCACAUUCCCGUCGAUGACAUGUACAACGAUGCACAGGUCGCUGGUGUCAGAACAAUGGAUACUGGAUUGAUUAACGGUAUGAACAUUAACCCUCUUGCCAAGGACGGCGCGCCUGCCGGUCAGCGUUACACUGUCCCUACUGAGUUCGUUCCUGGCAAGAAGUACUUGUUCCAGCUUCUCAACAGUGCCAUCCAGUCAACUUAUAAGUUCUACAUUGACGGCCACAAGUUCACUGUCAUCGCUGCUGACUUUGUUCCUAUCGUGCCUUAUGAGACCACAGUCUUGUCCAUCAACAUCGGCCAACGCUACGAGAUCAUUGUCGAGGCUGACCAAGACGUCGGCGACUACUUCCUCCGAUUUGACAACCAGAACGCCUGUGCUACCACCACCAACUCUGAUGAUAUCAGAGGUAUCAUCCACUACGCAGGCAGCUCCGGCGGCACACCCACUUCGACUGCCCACACCUACCCUCGCAAGGAUAACGGUGUUGGCGGUAUCCUCGGUACCUGCGAAGAUGAGCCUCUUGCCAGCUUGAUUCCCAUCGUCAAGCAUUCUGUCAGCUCUCCCCACCAGACUGUCCAGCACGACGUCGCUGUUUCCAACUCCAACGGCAUCAACCUCUACCGCUGGUACCUUGACGGUACUACUUUCCAGUCCAACUGGGGUGAUGCAACCCUCUACAGCAUCCUCAACAACGACUCCAUACCUGACUACUCUGGCGAUCUUGCCAUCUCCACUUCCCUCGGAGAGUGGGUCUAUGUGAUCAUUGAGUCUCCCGUACCGCUUGGUCACCCCAUCCAUUUGCACGGUCAUGACUUCUAUGUUCUCGCAGCAGGUUAUGGUAACUACGGCAGUGGUACCGCCCUCAACCUCGAUAACCCUCCUCGUCGUGAUGUGGCCUUCAUGCCUGGCGAUGGCCCUACCGGUCAAGGCGGUCAUCUCGUUAUCGCCUUCUUCACCGACAACCCUGGUGUCUGGCUCAUGCACUGUCACAUUGGAUGGCACGUAGCCAUGGGCUUUGCCUUGCAGUUCAUCGAAGGAAAGGAGCAGAUCAAGGACACUGUCACUGAUACCUGUCUGGUCAACGACGUCUGCAAUAACUGGCGUCCUUGGGCUCAAGAGAAGGGUAUCUAUGUCGAUGACUCUGGUGUGUAA